UUAUCCCAUAGAUAAAUAAAAUCUGUUUACAUAUGAUCCUAAGAAGAUAAUUCGGUGGAUAAUUAUAUGAUUAUUGGACAAAAUCUCUAAUUAACCUAUUCUCGUUGUCUCUCUCUUUCGUUGUUGUCGUCGUUCGUCAGUGGAGGGAGAAAACCAUGGAGGAGGAAAAAGCGGCGGCUUACUACGACGAACUCACCCGCAAGGGCGAAGGAGCCGCGCGAUUCAAGCAAGGCCUCGGGUUUUCGUCCGACGCCGCCGGAGCUCCGGCGAGAGGAUCCGCAAUCGCUUCCUCAUCAUCCUUCCUCAGCCAGUUCGUCAGAGCUUCCGGCCCUACCGCCGCCGCCAAGCCCGAGAAGGAUUCCGAGAUCCGAUCCAUCAGAGACAAGCUUAAGAAGAAACCCGAGGAUCAGAGACAGUCUAGGGUUCCGGAGAGGAGCGAGCGUCGUCGUUCUCGGAGCCGAGAGAGGGAUGAUAGAGAUAGACGCCAUAGAAGGAGAAGUAGGAGCAGGAGUAGGAGUAGAGAGAGGCGCAGGGAACGCGAGAGAGAUGAUGGGGAGAGACGGAGAAGGAGAAGGAGGAGCCGGAGUUCAUCGCCGAGGAGGGAGAGGCGGAGGAGCGACGACGAUGAGAGGAGAGGGAAGAGGAGAGAGGAAGGGAAGGAGGAACGAGACGACAAGGUUGAUUACUCGAAACUAAUCAAUGGCUACGAUGAGAUGUCGGCUGCUGAAAAAGUGAAAGCAAAGAUGAAGCUCCAGCUCGUCGAAACCGCUGAGAAAGACACCAGUAUGGGUUCUGGGUGGGAACGGUUUGAGUUUGACAAGGAUGCUCCGGUUGAUGACGAGGAAGUCGAAGCUGCUGAUGAUGAUGCAGCCUUAGUCAAGCGAAUGGGUCAGAGCUUCCGGUUUUCCGCCAUUGAGGCAAGAAGAGAAGAGGAAGUAAAAGCAGCCCAUGAAGAAGCCAUGUUUGGAGCGCCUUCACAUCCAAUUUCUCCUUCUGCCGAGGAAGAAGAAGACGUUGCCGAGGAGAAAACGAGCCACGAGGGUCCAAGCCUCGCUGCAACGAGCCUGUUAAGCGAUAAGGUGCUGGCGAAACAACAAGGAUCUUGGCGUGACCGAGCUCGCAGAUCGUAAUUCGGUUCGGACCGACCAUUGUGUGAUUCAUCAUGGAUGUUUUUCUUGUUAAAAGGAAACUGUAAUGACGUUUUCUUGUUCUGUUUGUUUUUUUUAUUCAUUAGAGUUACUUGUAUUCAUUAUAUGUAAAAAUUUGCUCCUCUAAAUUCUAAUGAUGAGCAGAGUAUUUGUUAAAAAGGAUUAGAAAGAAAACACGUGGCGAAUAUUGAUUGGAUGAAUGAAAUAUGCCGGCCAAUCAGCUUCCAAAUUGAAUCGGAAAACAUUUUUUUAAUCUUUUUUUUUUUUUUGCCAUUUCUGGGAAGAAAAAGCAUAUACGCUUAAAAAGCCGUGGACCCUCUUCCCCAUCUGCAUUCCGAGCCCUCGUUCUUCCGCUAUCAUCUCGACUAAAACCUCUUUUCUGCGAAUCC